AUGCAUGAAAUUUACUGCAACUAUUUAAUAUCGUUUUGUAUUUUAGAUUGUUCCUGGAGGCACUACUACUGGUACCUCAACAACGAGGGUAUAAAUUACCUCAGGACUUUCCUCCACCUUCCCCCAGAGAUUGUUCCUGCCACUUUGAAGAGGCAGACUAGGACAGAGGCUGCAAGACCACGUCCCUCUGCACCCAAAAUUAAUGACGGAAGACGAAAGAUCGUGCUGCGUACAGAAAGGGCCGGACCUGGCGCUCCAGACAAGAAGGCAGAAGUUGGCGCUGGAGCUGCCGAGAUCGAUUUCCGCGGAUUUGGACGUGGACGAGAUGAUCCUCCCCCACAGUAA